GAAAUAAAGUUCUUUACAAAUAUCAUUUGUGCGAAAAAUGCUACAUGAAAUGUAGCAAAAGAUAACUAAUGCAAGAUGGGCCAAACCUUCACACACGAUAAUGAUACCCUUACAAAUUAUUCUUACACCUAUGAUGUGGUCAGGGACGAAAAGGACGUCUGCGCUGUCGCCGACGACCCGAAAUACCCAAGCAGCGUAGGAAUAACUCUCGCGGUACCAGAAUGGGAGGCCAUCUGCACCGCGAUAGUCCUGACCCUUAUCAUUAUAUCGACGAUUGUAGGAAAUAUUCUAGUAAUCCUAAGCGUUUUCACGUACAAACCACUACGAAUCGUUCAGAAUUUCUUUAUUGUCUCGCUCGCUGUAGCCGACCUAACCGUAGCAAUAUUGGUCUUGCCUCUGAACGUGGCUUACUCGAUUCUAGGCCAAUGGGUUUUCGGAAUUUAUGUCUGCAAAAUGUGGUUAACGUGUGACAUAAUGUGUUGCACGUCAUCCAUUCUGAAUCUGUGCGCAAUUGCGCUGGAUCGAUAUUGGGCCAUUACUGAUCCUAUAAAUUACGCACAAAAGCGGACACUCGAGAGAGUACUUCUAAUGAUUGGAAUAGUAUGGGCCCUCUCCCUUAUUAUCAGUUCUCCACCGCUUCUCGGUUGGAACGAUUGGCCCGAAGUAUUUCUGCCCGACACUCCAUGCCGCCUCACGUCCCAACCAGGCUUUGUCGUAUUUUCUGCUUCGGGGUCAUUUUACAUUCCGCUAGUCAUAAUGACUGUAGUUUACUUUGAAAUUUACUUGGCAACAAAGAAAAGACUCAGAGAUCGUGCUAAAGCAACUAAAAUCAGUACGAUCUCUAGUGGUCAAAACCGUUAUACGACAAAAGAGAGCGAUCAGCAAGAUCAGGAUUCAGUGAGUUCUGAAACCAAUCACAACGAGCACCAAGGAGUAACUCGGCUAGUUUCUGACGAGAAAAGGAAAAAGUCAAAGAUGUCGACGAAGAAGUCAACACCAAAGAAAAAGCCAAAGAAGCGUUAUUGGAGCAAAGAUGACAAGACUCAAAAUAAAUUGAUUAUUCCGAUUUUGUCCAAUGAAAACUCUGUGACUGAUAUUGCAGACAAUAUUGAUAAGGCGACAUCUUCGGAGAGUAACUCCAAAGAAACACAAGAUGAAGUGGAGGUUGCGGAAGAGAUUACGGUAAAACCACAGAAUCGUCCCAAGCCGUGUCAACAGAGCGCUGUAUACCAGUUUAUUGAAGAAAAACAAAGAAUAUCUCUUACUCGCGAGCGGCGAGCGGCGAGGACUUUAGGAAUAAUAAUGGGCGUCUUUGUAGUUUGCUGGCUCCCAUUCUUUGUUAUAUACCUCGUGAUCCCGUUCUGCGCAAGCUGUUGUCUAUCCAAUAAGUUCAUAAACUUCAUAACAUGGCUCGGUUACAUAAACUCGGCUUUGAAUCCUUUGAUAUACACAAUUUUCAAUAUGGAUUUUAGAAGAGCUUUUAAGAAAUUACUAUGUAUAAAACAAUAAGGAAACUUAGUUUGUGCCAAAUUGUAAAUAAUGUAGCGUUAUUUAUUACGCUUAAAAAGUUAUAGAAGCCGCUGGGUUGCUCAAAUUGAAAAGUUUGUAUCAUUCGUCUUAGUUGUAGAAGUUAUAUAUAAUAAAGUAUAAUAUAAUGUUGUCAUUUUUGCAAAUUCUCUGCAUAGUGUUAGGUGAGUGAUUUUGAUGGUUAUGCUGUGUACAAAUUAAUUAAUCACCAUUUGAAGUUUUGUAGAAAGUUUUAUGUAUACAUAAGGUGUAUGGUACAUGAUAUUUGUGCAUGGCACAGUAGUUAGCGAUUAUACGC